AUGAUGAAGCCUCAACACGACGCUACCUUCUCACGCAUGAACAAAAUCGAUGGCUGGGGAUCUUUGGAGGCCGAGGGAAAAAUAUUCAUAAUGAUGAAGCCUCAACACGACGCUACCAACUCACGCAUCGCCCACAAAAUCGAUGGCUGGGGAUCUUUGGAGGCCGAGGGAAAAAUAUUCAUAAUGAUGAAGCCUCAACACGACGCUACCUUCUCAUCGCAUGAACAAAAUCGAUGGCUGGGGAUCUUUGGAGGCCGAGGGAAAAAUAUUCAUAAUGAUGAAGCCUCAACACGACGCUACCUUCUCACGCAUGAACAAAAUCGAUGGCUGGGGAUCUUUGGAGGCCGAGGGAAAAAUAUUCAUAAUGAUGAAGCCUCAACACGACGCUACCCACUCAACGCUGACCAAAAUCGAUGA